AUGAAUAAUGGACAAUAUCGAUCAAUAGUUCAACCAUAUUUAUCAUUACCAAAUAAUUCUGAUGAAUAUACACAAAAACUUUAUGCAAGUUUAAGUGAAAUAAAAGAAAAAUUGAAUACCGAUGAAAUACAAAUGAUUUUUGUUGCUCAUCGAUAUGGACAAACAGGUAGAAUACCAUGGGAUAUGAUGCCAAAAAAAGAAAAAUUUCUUUUCGUAUUAAAUAUUAUAAUACGAAUUUUUGCUUUUAUUUUAUCAUUAUACAUAUUUAUUAUAACACUUGAUUUAAUGACAUCAGCAUUUACAUUAUUAAGUCGAUCGGCUUUUGGACAAAUAUUUAAAAGUCGCAUAUUUCUAAAAAAUCCUAUUAUCAGUCUUAUGAUUGGAAUUAUUAUUACAACUAUUUUACAAAGUUCAUCAACUGUUACAUCAAUUAUUGUGUCACUGGUUGGUAGUGGAAUUGUCACAGAUAUUCGUUCAGUUAUACCAAUGAUUAUGGGAACAUCUAUAACAAAUACAUUAGUUGCAUUUAGUCAAAUAGGAAAUCGAAAUGAAUUUUCUCGUAGUUUUUCAUCAGGUGUUCUUAUGGAUGUAUUCAAUUAUUUAACAACACUUAUUCUUUUACCAAUGGAAAUUUUAAUUGAUCGAAUAACGCCAAGUUCCGAUAUUUUUCAUCGUGGUGGUUAUUUAGCUCGUGUUAGUGGUGCUAUUGCUAUAACAAUAUCUGAAAAAGAAAGAAUUAAUAUUCAAUUACUUAAAAGUCUUACAAAACCAUUAACAAAAUUAAUAAUACAAAUUGAUGAAAAUGUUCUAUUAAGUAAUGAAACAAAUCAGACAAUUGGGAAAAUCUAUUGUACUCCACAGUUAAUAAAAUGUAAAUAUUUAUUUCGAUCAAUGAUUGAAAAAUUCAAUGAUUAUACUGUUGGAAUCAUUUUAUUUAUUUGUUCAUUAAUAAUUCUUACUGGAAUACUUUUAUUGAUGGUUAGAUUAUUAAAAUCAAUGAUUAUUGGUGUUAUUGAUGAUACAUUAAAAAAAAUUCUUCAUAUCCAAUCUUAUGGUUGGAAAGAAUAUUUACUUGGAUACAUUUUUAUUAUUAUAGGAAUUUUUGGAGCAAUACUUGUUCAAAGUAGUAGUGUUUUUUGUUCAAUAUUAACACCACUUGUUGGUCUUCAAGUUCUCUCUCUUGAACGUAAUUAUGAGUUAACAAUUGGUGCUAAUAUUGGUACAACAAUAACAGCAUUUCUUGCUUCUCUAACUCAAACUGGUUUAUUCUUUCGUCAAUCUAUUCAAAUAGCAUUAAUUCAUUUUUUAUUUAAUCUAUCUGGUUGUAUAUUAUGGUAUAUCUUUCCUUAUUUCCGUCGUAUUCCAAUAUAUUUAAGUUAUCAAAUAGGUCAUAUUGUAUCAAAAUAUCGUUGGUUUGCUUUAAUCUAUCUAAUAAUAAAUUUUUUUCUUUUUCCAUUAAUUAUUUUAUUUCUUGCUUUAAUUCAUUGGUUAGUUGCAAUUCUAUUUCUCUUAUGUCUAUUUCUUUUAAUUAUUUUUAUUUUAAUUAUUAAUUAUUUUCAAAAAACGAAUCCAAAUAAAUUACCAUCAAUACUUCAAUCAUGGUCAUUUCUUCCACGUUCAUUACGUUCAUUUUCAUAUUGGGAUCAUCGAUUAGAAAUGCUCCUCAAAUUCAUUUGUUGUCAACGAUAUUUUAAAUUAAUUUAUCCAUCUGAGAAUACUGAUAAACCAUUGAAAGAACAAUAUAUAUCAAUGAAAGAUCAAUAUUUAAUAGCAUUAGAUCAUCGUUAUUUAGUUCAUACACAUCAAUUAAAUCAAUUAUUUGAAAAACAUUAUGCUCCAAUGAUUACAAAUUAUGUACAAGAAUUAUAUCGUAGUAUAACUGGAAAACCAACACAAGGUCAACGAGCAUUAUCAAAUCUUAUACAAAUAAAUUCAACAAAUAUUCAGCAUGAAGAAGAAGAAUUAAUAGAUCGAAUAAUUUUAUUUGAUCGUGAUAAAAAGAAAGAAAUAUUAGUAAAUGAACAGAAAAGUUCUUUAUCUUUUUAG